CUUCAUCCCGCAGGACCCCGCGCAGUCAUUCCGCAGCAUCGAAUUUGUCGGGUUGGUUGACCUGUACGUACGCUGCGCCGAGAUCUGGCGUACUGUCCGACGAGCACUGAGAACGCAAAAGGCCAGCUUGGCAUGGUCUUUUUUGGUCAUCCGUAGCGACAACGACUAUGAGUUGAUGACAUUGUCAACUGGACAUUGACGAUGGCCACGAACGUCCUCAUCAGCUCGCAAGGCACCGUGUUCCUUGUCAUGCGUCGUUCUGUCGAAGAUGACACCAUGCUGAAGUUAUUUUCAGAGCAACUCAAAGACACGACCCAGGAAUCUACAUUCGAUGUGUUGUACCCGCUAUUUAAAGAUGAUUGGCUCCAGAAAGACGACAUCAUUGACCCAUUCCUCGACAGAAGACGCUACCACAUGAGGACAGUAUGGAUCUUUGACCUCGAUAACGAUCUCGUUCGGUUUCAUAAGGCAAACCACUACACCUGGGUCGCUCUCGAUCUCUUCCGCCAGCAAGAUGUUACUACUCAAGAUUUUAUUCCAUACACGCCACCGACACCUGCCACGCAAGGAUCUCUAUCUAAACUUAAGCUGCAUAGACGGCUAAUGCGGCGCAACGGCAUCUGUGCAGAAAGCCUGGCGAGGCGUGGAGCGUUGGUUGGCAGGUUGCUUUUCGACUUCGCAUACCAGUGGAGACAUGUUCUUUGCGGUCGAUACAACAACUCUACUUUCAAAGAGGUGUGUACACCGCGCCCAGGCAUCGGCGGCUAUUUAAUCUGGCUGAACAGCCUCCCUGAAUGGGAACCGUUCAACGAAAGCAUUGUCCGAGUUGGCGGGGUAUCCAUUGUCUUUGCCCAGCAUCCUUGCCAUGCCAUCACUAUGAUCCGCAACGACUUCCGAGACUACGUACGUUGGGAGACCAAACUUGAUCCUUCUUAUUGUCUGAGGGGAAGUCGAACCUAUCUUGUGCUAUCCGUUCGGGAGGUCGCGCUUUUCCGAAUUGAUUCUGAACAAGAACGAUGUACCACCACCGAGCGCUUACUUGACGGCACGCUGCCUCUGUCGGAUACAGCGCUCAAUCUACUUCUCGAGGCCACACAGGUCAAGGUGCCUGUGACGCCUCUUCAUCAACUCCCGGUUGAAUUGCAAGAUAACGUCCUCCAAAACAUGUCAGCAGGACCAGUCGAAAGGGCGAGGGCAGGAUGUGUACUGGGACUGGGAAGCCCCUUUACAUGGAGAUCGGAAGGUCGAGAUAUACAGAGGGUAGAGGGACGCACGAAUCGAACCCCGUGGCCACCAGUGGAGUCACACAUACACUUUGGCGAGUCGAUUCCUGGGCUCGUCUAUAAGUGAACGUGGUCUGGACUCUGGUGUGAGAGAACCAGAGCGGCGCGCCAGAGGCGCAAAACGGAAGGCAGAGUCAAGUCGGUCACAUUGAAGACCCAGAGAUACAGUUAUUCGUUGAAACUUGUUGUUACAUCCCCGAUUCCCCGUUGUGAGCUCCGGACAAGUUGGUGGUCUGUCGCAUAGAGGCAAGGAUGGACCAGGUCGAUCAAAGGCCGGAGGAGAAUCCCCUAAUUAUGCCUGCUCGAGAUGUGUUCAUGAUGAGGUGACGCAGAAAACUUGACUGCUGGCCUGGCCUGGCCUGGCCUGUGCAGUGAGUGUUACGCG